AUGAGUUUUAUGAGAAAAUUAAUGGGUAAUAAGGGUGCCCCUGACCCUAAAUCCAAUUCUCCAGACAAUUCGUUAGGAUUGAUGCAUUUAAGAAAAUUGUUUGCUGAGUUUCGACAUCCCACAGCUAAGGCUACUCAAAAAGAUCAAGAAGACAAAUUAUAUAACAUGUUACCCUUGUUUUGUAAGGUGUUUGAAAAUGCUCCAUCAAAUGAUAUGACAGACAAAUGGGGUGAUAUUCUACAAUUUUGUAGUCAUGUUUCUAAGCUGAUGGUCACUGAAAUUCGAAGACGUGCAUCAAAUCAAUCUACAGAAGCAGCAAGCUGUGCUAUAGUAAAGUUUUUAGAAAUAGAAUCAAAUAAUCAAGUCAGUAAUGGAUGGAGUUUAUUGGGGGCUAUUAAUUUACUAUCACUUGGUAAACAUGCUCUCAUUGAUUGUAUGACAGCAGCUUCAUUACCAUCAACAUUAGUCAAAUGUUUAUAUUUAUUCUUUGAUUUACCUAAAUUAGAAAAUGAAGAUGAUACACCAGAAGGCAGUGAUUUUAGUCCAAAAGAAAAGAGAGUAUUGUUGCAAAGAAUCUUUGUUCAGUAUGUAUUGGUUAGAAUAAGCAACCAUUCCUCACCUGCAGAAGAAUUGGCCAGAAAAGAUGAUUUAAGUUUAUUAUUUAGUGCCAUAACUAGUUGGUGUCCAGCAUAUAAUUCUAUGUGGAGAAAGAGUGCUGGAGAAGUGUUAGUUACUCUGUCUCGUCAUGGCUUAACCAACUCUGUUGUCAAGUAUAUACAUGAGAAAGGUUGUGUCAGACACUGUAUAGAGAACAUGCAAAGAGUACAAGAAUUGUCACCAUUAGAACUUGUGGAAAUGUUUGUUACAGUAUUUUGUUUUCUCAAAGAUUCGAGUGAAGUCUCACAAACUUUAGUGGAUGAUUUUAAAUCAUGCCAAGGCUAUGUGUUCCUUUCAGAAUUUUUAUUGAAGUUAGAAAGCAAUGAUGGAGAAGAAGCUGUCCAGGCUUUAAGAAAUUUGGUAUUAUUAGUAGGUUCUUUAACCACUUGUGGUUUUUGUGAAAUCAAACCGAAUGCUGGUAGUACUGGAUCUUUGUUUCAGAUGCCAGGCUUUUGCAUGCCACAACCUGCUGGUAAAGGUGUCAGUGUACGUAAUAUACAUGCUUUCCAAGUUUUACAGUCAGUCUUUCUCAAGUCUAAUACAAGUCAUCUGUGUGGUACUAUAUUAGAUGUUAUAAGUAGUAUUUAUCAUCAAGAUAAUGCCAAUUAUUUUAUAUUAGAACCACAGCAUACAUUACCAACCUUUAUAGAGAAAAUACAUACAAAACCUCCUGAUAUACAGGCAUUUGUACAUGCUUUGGGACGAAGAUGUCUCAGGAAUGCUUGGGAUGCAGAAUUUGAAACAACAAAAGGUGAAGAGAGUAAAUUGUUUGAGCUGAUAGAAUUUAUUGUAUUUAAUUUAAACUUUGUACCAUGUAAAGAACUGAUCAGUCUGAGUAUUUUAAUCAAAUCUGAACAUUCCAUAUCCACGAGUAUAUUGUGUAUGAAGACAUUAUUACACAUAUUACGGUACCACAGUGUAUAUAGAGAUGUAUUUAGGGAAGUGGGUAUUUUAGAAGUAAUGGUCACAUGUAUGCAUCGUUAUGCUGCAUUACUAAAAGAACCUCAUAAUGAUACAGAAAAUGAAAAUAUUGAUCCUGAACAACAGGAAUUAGGACAUUUAGUUAUGGAAUCAUUAGCAUUAUUAUUGAGUGGUAAUAGCAGUAAUGCUGGUGUUUUUCGUGAAUGUGGUGGUGCUAGAUGUGCCCACAAUAUGGUACCAUAUACAAACUGUAGACAAAUGGCGUUAAAUAUAGUACAACAAUUGGUACUAUCACCUGGAGGGGAUGAUGAUAUGGGCACUCUAUUAGGUUUAAUGCCAACAGCAACUAUUACUAACCUAGAAUUAAAAACACAUAUUCUAAAGUCAUUAUUAAAUGUACUACGUGAAAGUCAUCGUACAAGGACAGUAUUUCGUAGAGUGGGUGGGUUUGUGUAUGUUAUGUCUGUAUUAGUGUCUAUGGAAGGUUGUUUAGCAGAACCACCAAAAUCACCAUGGGAUUCAGUACCAAGAAAAGAUAUAUUACAAAUGUUGAGAACUGUAUUUAGCACUCUAACUGUGGCUAUGAGAUAUGAACCUGCCAAUGCCAAAUUCUUUGCUUCCGAGGUACGAUAUGAUAGUUUAACAGAAGCUGUUAGAUUAUUGGGAUGUUUUUCAACCUAUAUUGAUAUACAAACAGAAUCAGAAGAUACUAAACCAACUGAUAACACUGAACUCUUCACCAAUUUAUUUCAACAUUCUAAAGAGGACAAAAUCCAGAAAUCCAUUCCAGUAAUUCUAAUAUCAGCCUGUCAAAUGUUUCGAUAUUUAUAUGAUAUGGCACUUGAUGCUUUUGAUAGACCUUCCAGUAAUUAUGCCAAAACGGAUUCACCAUUAUUGUUGAAGAAACAUAUGUCUGUGAUAGAAGAACCUUGUAAUAAUCAAACCCUAAAUAAACCUAAACGUGGUAGUACUGGCAGUAUGAAUAUCAAUAUAUCUAGUCUUAUUGACCAUCCUGUUAUUGUACAUGCUGGAGCCGUCUUAUCAAUAUUUCAUUUAUUACCAGCUGUAGAACAUUAUUCAGAUAGCUUGGAUGCAUUAAAUCUAAAAUCCUGCAUAUCUGAGAUAUUAAAAUCUUUACUUCGUCCUGAGCGUAAUCAACAAAUUAUGUGUGAUGCUGGUUUUCCACAUGAAUUACUUAGUCAUGGUAGUGUAGCAUUAGCUGAUGAAUCAUUCCCACUUCAUCCACCAUUACAGUUUAUGUUUGAACGUUUGGCAUCACAGUCUCUAACACCUAGAGAUCUAAGAGAUUUUCUGAGAUUAGGAUCACCAUUAAAUUGUCGUCCUGUAGAAGAUGUACAGGAUGUGGGUUCUAAUGGAACAUGGAACGAUCCUGAUCUGAUAUCAAAAUCAGUUGGUAUAGAAGACAAAACAUCCACAAUGGAAAUAGAGAAAAAACUCAAAUCUGCUGGCAGGACGGUUCCACUAACUAGGGUGAAAUGUUUAGUUUCUAUGACGACACCUAGAGAUGCUAGAAUGCAUGGUGCUACUGUCACUCCAGCAUUUGUAGAGUUUGAUAUGAGUGCAGAAGGAUUUGCCUGUUUAUAUUUACCUAGUAUAGCACCACAAGGUCCCCCUACUCCCUCUGUUGUUGGAGGUGUUGUUGGUACAUCAGAUCCUAUUGUUUAUGGAGGAGUUGGAAGUGGUGAAAGAGUUUUUCCACCACCAUCAGGAUUAACAUAUUCCUCAUGGUUCUGUGUUGAUAAGUUUAGCAAUCCAACUCUUGAUGCUCAUCCUGUACGUUUGUUAACAGUAGUCCGGAAUAUCCAGGGAAGAGAUGAAAACUUGAUUUGUUUAAGUGUUUAUCUAACGUCUAAAGAUAAUGCUUUGGUUGUCUCCACUCAAGAAACUUACAUGCCUACUUCUGUCACCGGUACAGAACAAGAACAAGAACCUGUACUAAAUGAUAACACUGUAAGAUUUUGGCAUCCAGAAUUAACUCAAGAAGGACAAUGGCAUCAUUUAGUAUUAGUGUUCCAUCGUGCUGGUAUUAUGAAGAAUAGUAAUGUCAGUUUAUUUGUUGAUGGUGAACAUAUAAAUACACAUAAGCUCCACUAUAUAUCACCAAAUUUGGGUGCAGGUGGUACAGCGAGUCCAACAGCCUUUACCUCGGUAUUCUGUUAUAUUGGUACACCCCCUCAAUUACGACGUUUAUCAAGAUUAACGUGGAGACAGGGACCAUGCCAUCUCUUAGAGGAUAUUGUUUCUACUAAUACUAUCACCAAUGUUUAUAAUCUUGGUCCAACUUACAUUGGAAGUUUUCAAGCUGCUCUAAUGGAGAGUAGUGAAGUAUCUCUGCCAUUUAUAACAGAAGAAAAAGUAGUAUUUGGUGUACAUGCUCAUGCUUUAUCUCAAAUGACUGUGGCUAAAAUAAGAAAGAUCUACAAUAAAUAUGACAGUAAAUCUAUAGCUAAACAGCUUGCUAUGUCAGCUCAUGAAAAUGCCACACCAAUAAGAAUAUUACAUAAUUCUGCUGGACAUUUAGCAGGUUCUGCUAGGAGUUUAGGUGCUAUAUUGAUGGGAUAUCUAGGUGUACGAACAUUUUGUCCAAGACCAGUAGCGAAGAUGUUAGAUAAUGUUGGAGGUACAGCCGCUGUUUUAGGUUUAAUAGCUAUGGCGAAAGAUGUCGAAGGACUAUAUGCUGCUGUUAAAACACUAGUCUGUGUUGUUAAUAGUAGUAGAUCAGCUAGGUGGGAUAUGGAUAGAAUACGUGGUUAUCAGAUGUUAGCUAUGUUAUAUAAAAAGAAGCGUAGUUUAUUAAAUAGUCAUAUAUUACAUCUUACCUUCUCAUUAGUGGGAACACUGGACAGUGGUCGGGAAUCGGCUGUUAUUCCUAAUAGAGUAGCGUUUGAAGAUUUGCUCUGUGAUUUAGAGGUAUGGCAUGAAGCACCAGGUGAUCUACAGAAAUCAUUAUAUGAACAUUUCUAUGAACUAUUGACUGAUUCUAGUGAUGCUAAAGGUAAUGGUAUUAUGAUGAGAGAUAUAGGACUGGUAUCAUCAUUGUUAUUUGUAUUAAAAGAUACCUGUAUAUCCUAUAAUACUAGUAAAAUAAUAGCUAAUGUUAUAGGAGAAUUAUUAUACACAGCUCCUCAUCAUAAAUCUUUAUUAAGAUAUGGACAGUUUAUAUUAUCUACUAUACCACCGGUUAAUAUUAAUGAGAAAACAGUUGAUAUUAAUCAACCUUCCACUGAUGAUAACACUAACAGUAUUAUACAGAAUGUGAAAUUAAGAAAUACAUUACUUGAUGUUACAUUGAAGUUAAUAUUAUCUGAUUCUUCUAAUUUAAAUAUACAUGUAUGUGAUGAUAUCUUAAAAACUCUAGGAUUUGAUUGGUUGAUGUUAUUUUUUCAAGAAAAUCUUCACCCCACAACUGUAGUCCUUGCCCUACGUAUAUUGGUUACCAUGUUUCGCAAUAAUAAUAAUGUACAGAGAUUUCGUGAAGGCAGUUGUGGUGGUGGAUGGUUAGAAGAUACUGAAAAUGUUCUUAAAAAUCAGAUGGCUGCUAUGCUAGGAUUCAACCUAGGAAUAACCAACAAAACUCAUGAUAAAGAACAUAGUACCGAAGUUAGUCAUAUACCAGGUUUUACUGUUUUACAAUGGACAUUACCUAAACAUAACCAUAUAUCUUCAGUCUAUUUUUUAUUGAUGGCGUUGUUAUUAGGACAACAUAAUAAAGAUUUGCCUACUGAUGUAGAGCUCAGUCUAGAUGCUGUAUGGACUGUUAUAUUUGGUGUACCAGCUAGUAAACCAGUCUCACUAUUAGCUAAAGAGAAAGUUGAACUAUGUUCAGAAGCUGCUAUAGUUAUAUUAGCUAUGAUUAGAAAUGCUGUGAAUGAGGAAAUUGAUGAUAAUGAUAAAAGUAAAGACUAUCCAUUGAUAUUACUACAGUUUUUAUUAUUUCUCUAUCAUAAUCAGACUGAUUUUCUCAAUCUAUGUACCACACCUGACUUUAUCAUGGCAUUAUCAGCUACAUUAUUUAGUUAUCCUACUCCAGAAAUAGAUAGUGAUGUAACUACACCAACUGAAGAGUUUAAGCCAUUUCCAGACAGUGAGCCUAUUGUUUUAUUGAAACAACCCAGUAAAACAUCUGAUAGUAUAUUGAAUGGACAUCCAGCAAGAAGAUUUAUUAUAGAUUUUCUAAGAACUAUAGUUAUUGAUAGUUUUUCUACUAAGUCAACUACUGUGAUAGAUCUUAUGUUAGAUGGUUAUCCAGAACAUGCAAGUCGAGCUCAGCAGAAACAGUUUCAAACAGAAAUGUUAAAUAUACUGAUGGAACAUCUAUUAGCUGCUGAUGUUUACUUGGAGUAUUUACAAGAGAGGCUAAAGAAGUGUUCGAUUUUACCAAUAGACAGUGUGUCUAGUCAAACUGGUGUCUUAGAUUCAUUACAUAAACUGACAAAUAACAGGAAUCUUGUGUUUGGACCUGGAAACUAUGAUCAAGAAUUUGUUGGAUGUUUAACAUACUGUUUAUUACAACUAACAGAGGAUCCUGAAUCUAGUGGAGCUAACUUAAGUGAAAGUAAAGCUAGAACAACAACAUGGCAUGUUGAGCCUGAUAGUAAUGAUAAUGUAGAUAAUACAACCACUAGUAUUGAACCUAAUUCAGUUUUGUCAGAGGGCAUGCAGUUAGUAGCUAAUGCUGCUAGACGAGUAUGGGAUGAAUUGUACAUCUUUAAAAAACCAGCUUUAGAAGAACUGUUUCGUAUCACAUUUAAUAAUAAUACCAAUAAUAAACCUAUAUCUACACCAGACUUAAACUCAGUUAGAUUAAUGAUACAGGAGUCAGCUUCUAGAAUUUGGGUGACUUAUGCUGAAAGUGAGAGAAAAUCACCUUUUACAAAUACAGAUAAAUUACAAACACAAAUACAAUCAAAAUUACAGAAAGUAGGUAGUGGUGUCUUGAGGUUAGCUAGUAGAAGAACUAAACGUGAAAUACCCACCAAAAUAUCACCAGCUUGUAAUGUUCAUGUUAACUACUAUCAUGGAUGGGUCAAUAGUCAUAUAACAUUAGUAAAAGAUGUUAUAAAUUUUCAACAUAAACAGUUUCAACAGAGUCAAUUACAUUUAGAAAGAUAUUUAGUAGAAGAAUGGUUAACAAUGGAGAAUGAAUUAUUACGUGUGCGUGGAUUAUGGGGACCCCAGUAUGGAUGUAGAUUAGAUAAAUAUACACUAGAUAUGACAGAAGGACCUAGUAGAAUGAGAAAGAAAAUGAUAUUAGAUGAUAUGUUUUAUGUACAUUAUCCAUAUAGACCUGAUUUAGAGGAUAGUCCAUUAAGAUAUAAAGUAGCUAUUAGUUUUGAUAGUAAGGAAUAUAGUGAACAAUACAGACCGUGUGGUAUACUAGCGGUAAAUAAAUUACCUAUAAUACGUAAUGAUAAUGUUGAUAUAUUAUCAGCUGAUACAUCUACACAGAACUCACCAGAAGUUGAUAUCAGUAAAAUGUCCAAGUUGAUAUCAAAUAAAUCUGGAAUUGAUGAUGAUGGUCAAGAUACAGAUUGUAAUAAUACAGAGGAAGACAAAACAGAUGGUCAACUAGACAGAGAAGGUGAAGGUCAACAUGAGGAGCAGACGACUUAUAACAAGGGAGAUAAUCAGGCUAUACUUAGAUUACUAGGAGAAGGUGAAAAGAUCAGUCAUAUGUUUCGAUGUGCCAGAAUACAAGGGUUAGAUACUGCUGAAGGGUUAUUAUUAUUUGGUAAAGAUCAUUAUUAUGUUGUUGAUGGGUUUACUCUGUUAAAAACUCGAGAAAUUAGAGAUAUUGAAAGUCUUCCACCAGGAUAUCAUGAACCUAUAAUACCUAAAUCAUCUAUGAGUAGUGGUGGUGCUUUAAAACGAAUGUUUAGUAAAUUCUCUUAUGAUGAAGUAUGUGAAGUACAUAAAAGAAGAUAUUUAUUACAACCAAUAGCUAUAGAAGUAUUCUCUACUGAUGGUAGAAACUAUCUACUAGCUCUACCAAGAAAAACUAGAAACAAAGUCUUUGCCAAAUUUCAAUCUAUGGGUACAGCAAUAACUGAUAAUGCUCAACAAUCAGUGUCAGGACAGAGACAGAAUGUUAAAGUAGAAUCUGGUGGGGGUAUUAUUAGUAGUUUAAUUGGUGAAAAAUCAGUCACUCAGAGAUGGGAGAGGGGAGAAAUAAAUAACUUCCAAUAUUUGAUGCAUUUAAAUACACUAGCUGGUCGAUGCUAUAAUGAUUUAAUGCAAUAUCCAGUCUUUCCUUGGAUUCUAGCAGACUAUGAUUCACAGGAGUUAGAUUUAAGUAAUCCAUCUACCUUUCGAGAUUUAUCUAAACCAAUGGGAGCACAGACACCAGAAAGAUUAAAACAAUUUGAGAAACGGUAUAAUGAAUGGGAUGACCCUCAAGGAGAAACUCCACCAUACCAUUAUGGUACACAUUAUUCAUCAGCUAUGAUAGUAGCAUCUUAUCUAGUCAGAAUGGAACCAUUUACUCAACAUUUCUUAAAAUUACAAGGAGGACAUUUUGAUCUAGCAGAUAGAAUGUUUCAUAGUAUUCGUGAAAACUGGUUUUCUGCAUCAAAACAUAAUAUGGCUGACGUUAAAGAACUGAUUCCGGAAUUUUUCUAUUUACCAGAUUUUUUACUCAAUGCCAAUAACUUUGAUUUAGGAUGUAAACAAAGUGGUGUAGCAUUAUCUGAUGUUGUAUUACCACCAUGGGCUAAAUCAGAUCCUAAAGAAUUUAUCAGAAUACAUAGAGAGGCAUUAGAAUGUGACUAUGUCAGUUCACAUCUACAUCAUUGGAUAGAUUUAAUAUUUGGUUAUAAACAGAGUGGUCAACCAGCAGUAGAAGCUGUCAAUGUGUUCCAUCAUCUAUUCUAUGAGGGCAAUGUAGACAUCUAUUCUAUUGAUGAUCCUCUCAAGAAAUCAGCUACUAUUGGUUUUAUUAAUAACUUUGGUCAAAUAGCUAAACAGUUAUUUAAACGACCCCAUCCGCAGAAGAAAUUAAAUAUAAGAUAUUUAGAUCCUAUUAGUGGUAUGUCAGUAACAACAGAUAGAUUAUUUUUCCAUAACGUUGAUAAUCUUAAACCUUCCAUGCAACCCGUUAAAGAAUUGAAGAGUGCUGUAGGACAAAUUAUACACAAUGAAAAGAGUGUAUUAGCUGUUGAACAAAAUAAAGUUUUAAUAGCACCAACGUAUGGUAGAUAUUUAGCCUGGGGUUUCUCUGAUCUCAGUGUUAGAAUUGGUAAUUAUGAGUCAGAGAAAGCUUCAGCUAUAUUUGAAUGUUUAGACAAUGGAGUUAUAUUAUGUGCAGCAUGUCCUAAUACUAAAGUUUUUAUUACUGGGGGAACAAGUUGUGUUGUUAAUGUAUGGGAACAUAUACCUAAAGAAAGAAAAGUUGUAUUAAAACAACCAUUAUAUGGUCAUACUGAACCUGUUACAUGUUUAGCUGCGUCACAAGCCUACCAUAUAAUAGUUAGUGGAUCACGUGAUAGAACUUGUGUUAUAUGGGAUAUGAGUAGAUUAUUAUUUGUUACACAGUUACGUCGUCAUAUAGCUCCAGUAGCAGCUGUUUGUAUAAAUGAGUUAACAGGAGAUAUAGCAACAUGUGCAGGAACAUAUUUACAUUUAUGGAGUAUAAAUGGUGAAGAAAUAGCCUGUGUUAAUACUUCUACUGGUAGAAAUCAACAGAUACUUUGUGUUGCUUUCUCUCAGUUAAAAGAAUGGGAUAGUCAGAAUGUUAUUAUGACAGGUAGUAGUGAUGGUGUUGUUAGGAUGUGGAGUAUAGAGUAUGUACAAGUACCAGAUGAGACUAAAACUAAAUUAAAAGAAGAUAAUACAGACAGUACUAAUAAAGAUAAUAGUAAAUCAGUUAGAAACACUAGUAUAAGUCCUCCAGUCAAUGUACCAAAAAUCUCACGGAGAGAAUCGUGUGAUAGUUAUAGUGAAUUACGCUCAGCUACUGAUAUGUUGCGUGAUUUUAAGGAUCCUGACUUUCUGGUAGCAAAAGGUUGUGAAUUAGGUUCAUCAGCUGAGAGUGAGAGUCAUCUGGUUCAGAAAAUGAAAGAUAAGGAUUGUGAAUCUAGUCGUGAUAGAAUGAGUAAUGAUUUUAGCAUGUUAGAAAGAUUAGAAUCUAAUAUGAGUACAACUAGUAGUACCAGUGAUAUAUAUAAAACAGAUGAUGGUACUAGUACUAAUGGUGAUCUAGAAGAGUAUGCACCUGUUGAACCAAAUAAUGAGUCAUUAGCUGCUUUGGGUGAAGAUGCUUUGGACAAGAGUUUUGGUUCACAGCCAAGUCAAUCUGAACCGUGUUUAGUGAGUGCCGUGGGUGAUAAUAAUGAAGUUCGUAGUAAAAGUCAUGGUGAUCUAAAAUCAGGCGGUGAUUCUGAAACUGACUCUAUAAAAUCUAGUAGUUCUGGUUAUGUUGUUAUUAAUGAUAGUGACAUACAACAAGUUAAAUUUACUGAAAGACCUAAACCUACCAAAAAUACAUUGAGAGAUGGAUUUAAGUGGUUAAGACAGAUAGUAUUUCGUAGUAAAUUAACAAUGCAUACAGCUAUAGAAAGAAAAGAUAAUAAAGAACCUGCUGCAGUAACUGCUCUAGCUGUCUCUAGAGAUCAUAAAACAGUAUUUGUGGGUGAUGCUAGAGGUAGAAUAUUUAACUGGACUGUCACUGAUCAGCCUGGGAGAGUUGUAGCUGACCAUUGGAUGAAAGAUGAAGGAGUUGAUAGUUGUCUAUCUUGUAAUGUUAAAUUUUCAUUUUCUGAAAGAAGACAUCAUUGUAGGAACUGUGGAAAAGUGUUUUGCUCUAGAUGUAGUCGCUAUGAAACCGAGAUCCGUAGAUUGAGAAUAGUGAAGCCUGUUCGAGUUUGUCAAGCUUGUUAUAAUAUAGUUAAAGCUGCUGAUGCUAUAUCAAUUGGUAAAUUAUAA